AAUGCGGGAGUUUCGCACUGCUUUGCUGUAUUGCAAGAUGAGGCUGGUUUCUGAAACAUUUCUGUUGCUGCACACUUCAACAUGCAACAACUGAUGAUAAUACAGGGAAUUCUGGGAUAGCAAAUCUGCUGACAGCAGCAUGGACAACAAAAAGAAGUUGCCUCAUUUUGUCGGGGUUGAACACCCAUCUGAAAGGUCUCCUAAGAAGAAACAUGCAUCACAAGUUGAGCAGGAGCAAAUUCAGAAAAGAACCUUCACGAACUGGAUCAAUGCCCAGCUGUCUAAGAGGAGUCCCCCAGUUACAGUGGUGGAUCUUUUCAAUGAAUUAAGAGAUGGAAGCAGACUAUUGGACUUGCUGGAGGUGUUGAGUGGUCAGAGAAUGAGCCGAGAAAAAGGAAGAGGGACAUUUCAGCACAGAACAAACAUUGAGAAAGGCCUAGCGUUCCUUAAGAGGAAAUCGAUCAAACUGGUCAACAUCAGUGUCUCGGACAUCAUGGACGGGAAGCCUUCCAUCAUUCUGGGUCUCGUCUGGACCAUCAUCAUGCACAUUCAUAUCGAAGAGUUGGCCAGCACAUUGAACUUUAGUUCUCGUCAGUCGUCUCUGGAGUCACUGGUGAGUUUAGACACUCGUUCGACCAGCAGCAGUGCCCGCAGCAGUCCGGUGCCACCCCAUGGUUCACCCCUGCACACCCGUUUCCGCGUAUCUGCCAAGAAAGCCCUGCUGCUGUGGGUCAGAGAGCAGUGCCAAAAGGCUGGUUGUACUCUGAAUGUGAAGGACUUUAAGGCGAGCUGGAGAAGUGGUGUAGUGUUUUUGGCGAUACUUCUUGCUCUGAGACCGAAUAUUGUGGACCUAACCAGAGCCCGAACAAGAACCAACAGACAGAACCUGGAGGAAGCCUUCCACAUUGCUGAAAGAGAACUUCACAUCCCCAGACUACUAGAUCCAGCCGAUGUUGAUGUUAGGGAUCCUGAUGAAAAGUCUAUUAUGACAUAUGUUGCUCAGUUCCUGCAGUACUCUAAAGAUGCUUCUGUUUCUGAUGAGGAAAUGCAGUAUCUCACUCCUCCUCAGCGCCUCUCUCCUGUCAAUCUGCCAUCAGAAUUUACUCCUUCUAUAGCUGCAUCACCUUUAAGACAGACCUCAGCCAAUCAGAAGGCUCAGGAGGUCACAUGCUGGUUGGAUCAGGCCUAUCAGGAGCUGAUAGAGGGGUGGGACUCCACUGAAGGAGAGAGCUAUGCUGAGAGAUACCAAGUCUUCCACACCUUCAUUGUGUCCUUUAACGAGCAGCGGCGGCCUGUAAUGCCAUUACUAACAGCGAUGAAGAGGACUCCUCAUCUUAGUGCAGAGCAGAAAGCUCUUAGACGAGCCUGGGAUGCUCUUGCUGAGAAGCUACGUGAGUAUAAAACAGAGCUGGACCUGAGCCUUCCAUCCCCACUGGAUACUGUAGGCCGCUGGUUAUUGCGUAUUGAAGAGGUUUUAUCUGCAGAAGAGGGCGAGCCAAUAGAUCACGCCCGAGCCGCAGAGGAGGCUCGGGAGAAACUUGAGCUACUAAAGGUGUGUUUGGAGGAGAUGCCACAUCAUAUCAAGAGGUUUAAUAUGUUUCAAAACACAAAUGAGUUUGGAGAGGCUCUGGUGCCAGCAGACAAGAUGGAAGAGAUGAAGAGAAGGUUCACCAGUGUCCGUGUAACAGCUAAAUAUCAUGGUAUUAAGCUGGAGUACCGUGAGCGCAGACACACAGUGUUAGACCUGCUGAAUCAACUCAACAUUAAACUGCGAUCUUGGAAAAGAGCCUACAUUUCCCAGGAGGCUGUUCGUGUGCUAAUGCAGGACUGGAAUGAGACUGUGAACAAACAGGAGCUGACUUCUUUGCUGGAUGGAGCCCUCCAUAGACUCAAACUAAUCGCGAACAAAUACACCAGCAAGGCUGCCUUGGCUGGAGACUCGACUCAGGUAAAUCGUCAGGUGGCUGAUCUGGAAGCAGAUGUGAUAGCGACUCUGGAGGGUGUACGGAUGGUGAGGGGAACUAUGGGACGCGUGUUGGCAGCAUGGGACUCUUACAGUGAUAUCUACACCUCAAUGCGAGCAUGGCUGGAGCAGGGUCCACGUGCCCAGCGACACGGACAGAGUACAGAGGUGACAUUAUCAAUUAUGUCAGAGUGGAGUUCCCGCCAAGCUCACCUGAAUGAGGUGGCCAACUACUUGACAGAGGUCACAGACCCACAGACAAGCCGUGCUAUUUCAGAUGAACUCUGCAAGAUAAAUCUGCUCUGGGCUGACUUUGCCAAAACAGCCCAGUUUUCUUUAGCUGAGGAGCCCAGUGCUGGCCCAUCCAGUCCUCAGACAGUUCAGUCUCUGAUAAGGGAGGCCACUCAGUUAAUUGAAGAACCUGUGGAGGUCGUUUCUGGAUCACUACGUACUUACACGAAGAGAUUACAGCUUAUGAUGAAGAAAAUAAAGGAUGUGGAUCUAGAAGCCCUCUUGCCAUCUCUAGACUGCUCUCCAGAAACCCUGAGCAAACUUCAGCAAGCCAUUCCUGAAGUCCUGCAGACACUCUGUGAAGCUGAGCAGGUGUGUGAUGAGCUGCGUGUGAGUGUUAGUGGGUUGGACGGGCGUCUAGCCGAACUGUUACACUGGGAGAUGGAAGCCAGAGAUCUCUAUCAGCUACUAAAGGAGGAAGCGCACAGGCAGAAGAGAGGACAAGAUCCCAGAGCACGGCUGUUGAUAUCAAGGGGUUUACAGUUAGAGGGUCAGGUGGUUAUGGAGGAACAGGAUCUGCAGGUGAUGGUCAUGACUAAUCAAAAGACUUCACCACUGCAGUAUCUCAUUGCAUCCACCAUGCAGGACAGAGUCUGCACUGCUGUUGAAAAGUCACAGGAAGCCAUAGGGAUGCUUAGCUCUUUGGGGGCUUGCAGAGACCGAAGCCCUGUUAGAGACCAGCCCCCUUCCAAGAUCUUUGUCCAAUAUCAGGAGACAGAGGAAGAGUCCCAAAAAACCUCCUUCCAGCCUGUCUGUCCAUCAGAAGCCCCUGGCCAACCAGAACCUCAGCCUGCAGUCAGGGCCAAAGUUCCAGAACAAUCUCAAAUACUCUCAGAGGUAUCUUCUAAAGCAGUAGACCUCAAGACCCAGCAAUGUAAUCAGCCUGUGCCAAUGAUUGUUGUGCAAGAGUAUGAAGAGGAGAAAAGUAGUCCACAACCACAAAUGCAUCCCUCUGUGCAAGUGAAAGACUCUCAGUCCAUUGAAGGUAAGUCAGAGAAAGUUGUCCAUGCUCAAACAAAAAUCGACAUAGAGCAUCAUGUAGAAAGCCAGGAAUCUUUACCACAGUCUGUGACACAACAACAGACAGAAAAAGGUCCAGUAGCUGGACAACCCUCACAGAACCUACAACAAGCAGAGUCACAAGUACAUAAUAAACAACAAUUAGCAACACAGCCACAUGUGCACAUUCAUCAACAAGAGAAAACUCAGCUUGCAAAACAGCAGAAGGUUCAACCACAAGUAUCAAUCCAGUCGCAGCCUCAGGGUCAACUAGAAACACAAACACAACAAGCUCCAAAGCAGCAGAGGAAAGUAAAGAAGUCCCAGGCACAUCUGCAGAACAGACCUUGGCUUCAACAGAGGAGUCAACCGGAAAAUGUUACCCAAAACUCAAUGCCACAGUUGGUCCCACAAUCUCAGUCAGAGCCUGAGGACAAAUGUCAAAUAAGUUCUCAAGCACCACCACAGCAUAUAGUAGCUGUUAGCUCACCUGAGGCUCAGGGACCUGCUCAAGGCACAGCACAGUCAAAAAGCAUUGUUAAGAGUGAUGAGAAACACCUGAAGACAGCUCAGUCUGUUGCACAAGAGAAACCUCUUGUAGAAACACAAAACCCACCUCAAACUGUGCCAGCAGUUUCAGCACAACCAGUGACUCCAAAACAACCACAACAGCCAGUGACUGUUCCAAUUCAUCAACAAGUAUUUCCCCAACCUCAGCCCUCUUUAUCAACUCAAGCUCAAACAACUACACAACAAACACAAUCUACUGCACCCAUUAAGCAACAAAAGCAACCUCAAACACAGAUAGUGACACCACAGCAACCUCAAGUGAUGAUCCAGAAACAGGCACAAUCACAAUCCAUGACUCCCAUGCAACCACAGGUUAUGGCCCAAUGGCAGCCACAACAGACUAUUUCUCAGCCUCAUCCUGCAGUGCCACAACCACAAAGAUUUCCAGUGACCCAAACAAUGCCCCAAAGGCCAGUCCAACAGUACCCAACAUCUCCCAUUCAACCACAAAUAACAAUGCAGAGACAACAGUCUCAGUCCCAGCAACCCACAAUGCGCAAUCCGACUGUAAUUACCCCUCAACCCAAAGGUGCAUCCCCCAUACAACCCAGAAUCAUCUCUAUGCCUCGACUCCAGAUGCCUGUUCAAUCUCAAACCCAAACUCAGGUCAAAGCCCAGGGAAGUGCACCACAUGUGAUUCAACCUCAGGGGCAACCCCAGUGGAGUCAACCAGGAGAUGUCACCCAAACGUACCCCAGAGUGCAAGGACCAGUUUCUUUUGCUGCCCAAAUGCAAUCACUGGCCCAUUUCCAAACUCAUUUCCAACCUCAAAGUAUCCCUCCAACUCAACCUCAGCAGUGGUCACCAAUAAGACCAGGCAUAGUGAGCCAGACAUACCCCACUGUCCAAGUUCCAGGUCAGGUAGUUCAACCUCAACCUCAAAUGGCAGUUUACCCUAAAAUCCAGCUGCAAUCACAGCCUCAGCAGUGGCCCUCUGCUAGACCUGAAUCACCUUGGGGUCAAUCACAGAUAAGACCUCAAGGUCCAGCUCAGCAUAUAGUGCCCUCUCAGCAAUGGAGGCCUAUCAGUCCAGAGAGAGUCAGUCCAGUAUACCCAAGGGCUGAAACCCAAGGGCCCAAGGGACCACAUCAUCAGUCCCAAUAUCAAGCCCUACCAAGGCCAGCAAGCCCUCAACGUCAGUGGAGUCCAGUCCGGCCAGAACAUCAGUUUCAAGUUUCUUCCCAGACUAUGUUCCAUGGUGCUCCCCAGCCAGUAGCUCCAUGGAAUCAACCACCUUCUCAAGCUCUCAUAAGACCUCAGAGUCCACAACAGCCUCAGCAAAGUCAGCAAAAGUGGAGUUCAUCCAGGACAGAGGCCCCAUCUGCAAACCUCAUCCAAAGCCAAGUUGCCCAGGCAGAGCUUCAGUCCCAAGAUCUGACAAAGCUGCAGUUACCAGUACAGGAACCACCCCAACAGCAGUCAGCUCCUCGGGUUAAGCAGCCAGCACUUGCCCAGGCUCCCCCUCAAGCCUACACUGAGGCUUAUAUAAAGGCACAGGCCCUGGUGAGGGAUAGAUUUGAGGAAGCCAAGCACUGUCUUCAAGAGCACAUUAUAGAAGCUAUCAAUGUAUUCAAGGACAAGAGAAUGAUGGACGAACAGGCAUCAGUUAAGGAGGAGACGCUUCGGACUCUUGACCCUGAACUUCUUGAAGAGUUCUUGAGGGCUGCGGAAGGGAUGGAAGCUUUCUGCACCCCAUCUGAACUUAGAGACAUGGAGUUUUUCACACAAUCUGUUAGAACACAGUGGAAGGAUGUUCGAGUGCAAAUAUCAGAAUUUUUGAAGCAACUCAGAUUUGAGUUAACCCGCCUGCAUUUUAACCAUAUGGUUAAGACAUGUGAGAUACACUUUAAGAAGGAAAAACUCAACCAUAGGCCUGAAUCAAUAUCAGAAUCAAAAGAAGAGGCUUGUUUGUCUGCAGAAGGCAGUCUGGCAGAGGCAGGACAGCAGCUAGAAGCUCUGAAGGAGUUGUGUGAUACUCUUAGCCCUGAGGACGCACACAGGCUCGCACAAGCCCAACUUAGAGAAUGUGAGAGACGGCUUGCUGCCAUCCAGCGGCAGUUCAGUGGAGACACAGAUACACCUCCUUCAGACACUAGUUUACAAACAGAGCAAACAAAAGAGCCACCCAAUCAAAAAGCACCAACAGUCCCACCACCACCUGAGAAGCCCAAAGAGGUUAUUGUUUCAGAGGCUGUUACACCGGUUAGCCCCCAGCGACCGAGAACUGUGGAGAAGAGAGAGAUAGUGAAACAAACGAGUACAGAAGAGGACAGGUACCGCAGCUCCAGAUUUGCAUUACAGGCUCAGCUAAACAGAAAUGAGCAAUGCAUGCUUGGAGAUCGUACCUCAGAAUCAGUCACUCCCACAGACCUGCAGAAACGACUGAGAGAAUUAAAGUCUCUGUGGGACGAGACAGAGUCUCUGUGGAAGGAGUAUGAAGCGUUGUGUAUGCAAUGUGUUCAGUACAACGAACGAGCUGUUGAGCAGGACCGUAUGGAGCUCACUGUCAGGUGGAGAGAGCAGAGGUCACAGUUACAGGGCAGGGUGGAUUCACUGGGAGCAGCACUUGAGCUCAUGGACUCUAUUAAGCUGAAGAUCUCUGAGAUUUCUAAAAGGCUGGAAAAUUUCAUCAAAGAGCCCAAAGACAUUAAGGGAUAUACACUAGCUAACCCUGCCAUUUUGAGAGAUGUGAAGGACUUAGAUGAAAGUAUCCAGACAGAGAUGGAUCAUCUGUCUCGAUUCGACUCUGAGCCCAGUCAUCUAGACUUGCGUGACCGAUCACCUCUGACCCAGGUGGUUCUGAACCACAGAUCCAGCCUGGACCGGCUCAGGCAACAGGUGCGCAAGAGUGACGCCGCUGCCCGUGCCCUCGACCGCUUCCUCAUGUCCCUGCGCACUGUGGAGCUCGAUGUCUCUUCUGUGCAAAGCGCCCCCAGCAAUGAUGCUGUUGUACUGCAGGACAGCAGGUCCAAGCUGACACUAAUCAGAAAGGGAGUCAGCAGCCUCAAGGAUAAGGCUCCACAGCUGGACCAGCUCUUGGGCGGAGCACAGCUCAAAGUGACCCAGGACGGGAGCCCUGUUUCCUGUCUGGACAUGGUGGGGGUACUGGUUCACAGGGUGGAAGAGGCAGACGAUCAACUGAUGAUUCAACAGAAUGAGCUCCAGAAGGAACAGCAGAACCAGAGCCUCGGCCUAAGGAGGAAGACUAUCCAGGCUGAGUUAAGGAAGGUGCUGGCGGCAGCAGAAAAACAGGGUCUAAAGGAACCCACUAUGCCAGCUGUGCAACAUCGGAUGCGAGCACUGUCCGAUCUGGAAUCGCAACUGAACUCUCUUCGCUCUGAAUACCAAAGCAUCAAGAAGGCUCUGUCUGAAGUCUCUCCACAGAAAGAGCACCCUCAUCCAGCAAAUGAAGAGCUUGACUUCCUUUGGGAAGAGACUGAAAGAGCUGUAUCUGACAGACAAGAGCAGUGCACUGUUCUUAUGGAACUCCUGAAGAAAUUUCAGAACUGUCGCAGUUACCUGGGCAACACUCUCCAGAGGGCGGAGCAAACAAUCAAUGAGCAAGCUUCAUACAUGGGCAAAGACAACCUACAGCGACUCCUUGCAAAAGUCGUUGGCAUAAAGGAGGAUCUUAAUAGCCUCGGACCCAAGAUGGAGGAGUUCAGAUCUGUGUGCAGACAGUUGCAGUCCCAGCUAAAGAAAAUUCCUGAUUGCUCGGAAACUCCAUUUGAGACAGAGGCAGAUGCUUUGGUGGACUCAUGGCUGGAUGUGUCAGAGAAGACAGACAGUUACAUGGAUAACCUGCGUGUGGGUCUGGAGUUGUGGGAGAAACAGCUGGUUCUGGGUGGAGAAGUGGACAGCUGGACUUCUACUAAACUCAUUAUCUUCUCAGAGUCUCACCCUUUCAGCAGUGAAACGGAGGUUGACAGCAUGAAGAAUGAGAUUCAGUGCCAGGAGGACAACCUUGAACACUUCCACAAGAAGUUACUGGAGAUCCAGGAACUGAUGCAGAGCAAAGAAUCUCCUCUUGAGUUACAGGUAAUAGAAACCAACCUGAGGAAGAAAAUGGAGCAGGUGAAGGAACUCUUCUCUGACUGCACUGAAGUGUUCCAGGAGCUCCUCACAGUUAAAGCUCAUAUGAUAGAAAAGAUUGACACCUACCAAUCAUCUGUGAAGAAUAUACGCUCCUCAGUAGACAUGAUCAGUUCAGAGGAUCGCGCAGAACUGGAUGCGCAUUUACAGGACUUGUGUGAGCAGCUUUUGGACCAGGAGGAACAGGCUGAAACUUUGCUGAAGGAAAUCAAUCUCAUGUCCAGCAUUACUGGACCGCAGGCCUUGGAGGAGCUGACCAAUCAUAGUAAGCGUCUCAAAGACUGCAUUGCGGAAACACGAGAGCUGAUUCGCCAGAAGAAGGAUCAAGGGGAGAAAAGCUUCCUUCAGACUAUUAAAGAAGAGUUUCAGUCAUUUGAGGAAUGGUUGCAAGAUGAGCAGCUCUCUGUGAAUGAGUGCUUUGAGAACCCUGAGAGGAAGCAGGAUAUAGAAAUGUCCAUGCAGAGACUGACAAGUUUCCUGGCCUCUAAGGAAGGAGAACAGCGUCUGGCUCAGUUGAAAGAGAGGUUUGAGCAAGGGGGACAGGCAAAGCUCCCUGCUGAGGCUCAAGCUUUGCUCUCCACAUGGCAUCAGGAACAGGAAGGAGAACUGGCCACACUCAGGGCUCACUGCCAGGGACGCCAUAAACAGCUAGAUGAUAUCCUCCACAACCUUAACAGUUUGCAUGAGGAACAUAACCAUUUGAAGGACUGGCUGCAGCAGAGAGAGCAAGUGCCAGAACAGAGAGAAAAACUGAGGCAAAUCCAAGAGGAUUUUCUUAAAGAAAGCGGUCGUGUGGAGGCAUUCAAUUACCUGUUAUCUGCUGUAAGGAUGCGUGGCCUGAGGGGAGACCGUCUCCUUGGAGACUGCGAGACCCUGAUAGACCGAUACCACAGCCUGGGGAUUCUUUUGGAGAAUCAGGCACAAGUCCAUAAGACCCUUGAUGAUCAAAUUGAAACAUUCCAAACCAAUGCAGAACAGAGCAGAGCCUGGAUCAGAAAUUUAAAGCAAAGACUUGAGUACUUGGGGACAGACACGCCAAUGCAGGACAAACAUGUAAAUGCUCAGGCUGUUCUUAAUCUAAGUCCUGAGGGUGAUGCUAAACUCGUGGCUCUGAAAGAAGAGGGUGAUGCUUUAUGUGCUCAUGAGAUUUUGGAGGACACCAGAAGACAGGAGCUCAUUUACACCCUUGAAAACAUUGAAGAUGAGUGGAAAAGAGUUCUGGAUAUGGCUCAGCAGCUAAAACAUCAAGCAGAACUCCAAGACACUCUCUGUAGAGAACUAGAGGAUCUACAGGCCCAGGAAGAGAGCAUCCAGUCCUGGGUGAGAGAACAACUGCAAAUGCUUCGCUCUUUGGGGAAGGACCUUCAGCCACAUGAAAAACUUAAUAAAGUGCAGGCUGUCAUAGACCUUGGUGAUGAAGCCGAUUCCAGAUUGACCAGUUUACAGAGACAAGGACAACAUUUAUGUUCUUAUAAAGAGCUUGAGAAUGAGAGGAGGAGCCACAUUGACCAAACCCAGAGAGCAGUAGAGGAGGAGUGGAGGAAAGUGCUACAACUUGCCCAGGAGCUCAAGAACCAGGUCAAGCAUGAGGAAUCUCUCUACAGAGAGUUACAAACUUUCUGUGAUCAGGGAGAGGAUGCUCGAUCCUGGAUUAGACAUCUCAGAGAGACCCUGGAUUCCCUUCUUGUGACAUCUUCCAAUCAAGAGAGGCUUAAUGGAGCUGAGGCAGUAUUAGCUCAUAGAUCUGAGUGGGACUAUAAACUUUCUAACCUAAAGACGAAGGGAGAGAAUCUAUGUUCCUGUGAAGAUCUAGAUGAGGACAAACGUCAGACAAUCCAACACACAUUACAAAAUGUACAGCAAGAGUGGAUGGGAGUUUUGAUGCAGACUCAGGAACUGAAGAACCAAUCAGAACUUGAGCAGUCUCUUUCUAAGGAUCUUCAAGAACAGGAGGAGAGCACACACUCUUGGCUUACAGAGCAGCAUCUGAAGAUCGAAUUGCUCGGUGAAGAGACUCAGUUACAAGAGAGAAUGAAUGGAGCUCAGGCCAUCCUGAACUCAGAAUCAGAGGGGGAUUACAAGCUAGCCAACCUGAGGAGGAAAGCAGAGGGUUUGUGCUCUCGAGAAGGCCUGGAGGAGAAAAGAAAACAGGAAAUCCAGCUGAACCUGAGAUCAAUUGAAGAAGAAUGGAAGAAGGUCCUGGCAAGUGCUCAAGAAUUAAAGAACCAGGCUGAGCUCCAGGAUUCUCUUGCAAGGGAGCUUCAGAAUGUCUGUACCCAGGAGGAGAGCACCUGGACCUGGGUGAAGAACCAGAAAGAUUGCCUGGACUCACUGGGAAAAAGUACUCAUGGUACACAGGAGCAGAUUGAAGAGAGACUAAGCAAAGCACAAACAAUUCUAAGUCUGCACUCUGAGGGCAACUCUAAGAUUGCAGCCCUGAAACAGACUGUAGACCAUCUUUUUAACCGUGAAGAUCUUAAUGUAGAUGCAAGACAUUCUUUUGUUAAGAAAAUUAAAAAUGUAGAGGAGGAGUGGAAGACAACACUGCAGCAAGCACAGGAGCUGCAUAGUCUGCUGAAAAGUGAAGUGGAACGUCUGGUGUCCUGUCGGUGUCAGAAGGAACAGCUUCAGUCUCGUCUGGAUCAGGUGAAACAGCAAAGAGCUGCACUGCCAUGGCACUUCCCCUGGCCUGGUUUAGGGGAUCGAAGGCACACAUUGGAGCAAGCCAAGAGUCUGCUAGACCGUACCAGAGCCCUGACCCCAUCUCUGUCUGCUGUCCGAGCGCUCGGGAGGGAGAUGAGCCAGCUGACCCAUGAUUCCAACUGGAUUGAUCCAUCCUGGGCCACCACAGAGGAGUGCAUACCUGAGUUAAUCAAAGAUCUUACGGAGUUUUGUGUAAAUCUCGAAGAGGAAAUCCGGAGAGAGCGAGUUUGUGCUCAGUUAGUUGAGCAGCACACUGUAGCACAGGAUUGGCUGAGAGAGCAAGUCAAAGGUUUCGGUGCUCUGCCCACUGAACGUCAUGGGUUACAAAGCUCUAUUAACACUCUUAAGGCUCUUCUUCAGACCAUAGACAGGGAGAAGAGAGAAAUGAAAGAACUGGAUACUGUUAAAGAUUCCCUGAUGGAUCUUUGCACUCCAGGAGGUUGUGAUGCCCUGACCUUAGAGGUCAGCCAUCUUCAUGACCUCUGUGUGUCCUCGGAGAAAGAGAUGAGGGAAUGGUUAGCUGUGUGUGAGGCCAGAUUGAGUGACAUUGACCUCAGGCUUGCUGGCAGGGAACAGAUUCUCAGGGAGCAAGCAGAGAGUCUCCUAGAUGAGCUGCGUGCUCAGGACCACUCUUUAGGAUUUCUGGUGGAUAGCCAGAAUAUCAGCCAGCUACAGGAAAACUGGCAUAGCUUCAAGACAUGUGAGAGAGAGCUUGAGUCUUUAGAGGGCAAAGUUUGUGACCUUGGCCAGGCCCUCCAAAUGGUCCCACCAGAUGAGGGACCCCCCAGUGAUGUCAUUUAUAUAGUGGACACAGUUACACAACAAUAUUGCAGUCUGCGGUCAAAACUGUUGGAAAAGCAGAAUGAGUGCGCAGACAGCACUGUGCAGUGUGUGAGACAGGCCUUACAAAACAUACAGUCAUGGAACCAGACACAUGCAAAUCCUCCCUGCAGCUCAGCCACAUCCAUGCAGGCUGCAACUGAAGAAGGUGUGAGACUGUGUAAAAGCCUGCAGGUAGUGCUGUCCCAUAAAGAACUGCUGAGGGAAUGUCUGGGCCCUGACUUGGCUGGCAAACUUGAAAGAGAUGGAACAAAAGCACUAAACGAAGCAGACAUUCACAUGAAUGACCUUAAACAGGAGCUUAAGAAUGUGGAGGAGAACGUGAAGCAGGAAGCUCAGAUGUUGUCACUGGAAGCUCAAAGCAUUCAGCUGGAUUCACAAGUUUCUGCUGCGACACCAUCAACAAAGGAGUCUGAACAGUCGGAAUUUGUUUCUUCUUCAUCGUUUAUCACGGAGAGCUUUGAAAUGACAGAUGACAGUCAGCAGGCUAAGGUACAACCAUCUGAAAACCUUGACAGCGAGAUCCCUCUAUGUGUAAUCUCAGAAACUACAACUGAAACAGAAAUUCACACUGCCAGAAAAUCACGACAAACAUUAGAGACUGAAACUGAACAGAUUGAUUUCCAAACAACUGUACUAUUAACCACAGAGAUGCUACCUGAACCAGCAACAGGAGUAUAUGAAUCUGCUCCUCCUACAAGCAGCCAUGGUGCAAAUGAAACUGAAAGUGAGAAUUUUGUUUCUGUUUCUUUGGAAACAAAGUCUGAUAAUGAUGAGAUUGCAGAUGAAAAGAUGCCCAUUUCUUCAUCUGCAGCUGUCCACAGCUUGGAAACCACAGUACAAGACACAGACUUGGAAUUACUCAGCACUGAGAGUCUUAGCACAGAAGGACAAGUAAGCCAGUUGUCUGAUGUAGUUGUGAGUUCAGAAUCUUUUGCUGAUAGAGCGGAGGGUGAGAAAAUUGAAGCAGUGACUGCAGAGCCAGAUAAAGAGGAAGAUGUCUCAUAUAUUUCACUUUCUCAAGAGGAACCUUGUGGAGAAGGUGAAGCACAGACCAAAAAGGUUACUGCGCUCAUUUUAGAUUUGGAUACAGUGCACAUAGAUAGUGUAGGCACAUACUCCCACACACCCACAGAUGGUGCUACAGUGAAAGCAGCCUCUGCUAGUGCUCUUUUAAAUGAAACGACACUGGGCAAACAAGAUCAUGAAACACUGGCCCCUCCAGAAGCUGAAAUUUCUGAAGUAGCCAUAGAACUAAUUAGCAUCCCAUCUUCUCUUAAUGAGCCAAGUAUGGUGAAUGUUUCAGAAAUUAGUUUAGCAGUAGAACCAGAACAGUCACAGCUCAUCGAUAUAGACACUAAUGGACAAAUGCAAACAACAGCAGCUCCACCUUCUGAAACGCAAGGUAGUGAAGACGCUGCUUCCAGAGGUAUUGGAACAUUUUCUUGGAACAAUGGACCAAAUGCUGCAAUUGCUGACAGAGAGAGCAGCUGGACCACAAAUAAUGGCCCUCGUGAAAUCCAACGCCGAUAUAUUAUUCUAGACUUCCAUGAGGGGGAGGAAAUGCAGAGACAUCAUGCUCAUGAAGCUUCUCUUUUCAGGGAACCCACUGAGACACAGAUUCAGGGAUCAGAACAUUCAGUAUCAGAAAGAAUGGAGACCGAAUGUGAUGCUAAACCAGAAUCAGAGGUCAUAGCCAGUACAAACAGACCUUUAGAAGCAUCCGAGCAGUCUGAACUGGUUGAAGCAAGCCUAAAACUACCAACAAGGCAAGUUGGAGAAGUCAUGCAUUUCAUUGUAGAAGAAGAGACAAAGAAGACCCCAUCAGGUGAUAAAAUGCAAUUCAUAGAAGUUGAUCCUAAACGUAAACCUCCAAUCAAGCAACAAAAUGAGGUAGAAACUGAGGUCCAACAAACAAACAAAGUGCAUGUCUCAACAACAGUAGAGGAGAAACCUGAAGGUGAAGAAGCCAUUGACAUCAUUUUGGGAGAAGGGACAAAGACCCAAUCAGAUGGUAAAGCACAAUCCAAAGAAAUUGAACCUGAACUGACACCUCCAAUCAAGCUCCUGGUUGACUGGGACACUGAGGUACAACCUGAAAGAAUUAAUGUCUCAUUAACACCAGAGGAGAAACCUGAAGUUGUAGAAGCCGCUGAUGUGAUUGUAGAAGAAGAGAUGAACAAGACCCCAUCAGGUGAAAAAGCACAAUUCAUGGAAUAUGAACCUAAAAUGACACCUCCUCUCAGGAGAAAUGACAAUAAAACUGAUGUUCAGUCAAACAAGGUAAAUGUCUCAUCACAAAAGGAGAAAGCUGAAGGUGAAGAGGCUGUGGAAGUCAAUGUAGAAGAGGAGACAAAGACAACAUCAUCAGAUAAUAAAGUACAAUCCAUAGAAGUUGAACCUGAACUGACACCUUCAAUCAAACAACAGAAUGACCAGAAAACUGAGGUCCAGUCAGACAAGGUGGAUGUAUCGCCAGAGGAGAAAAUUGAAUGUGAAGAAGCCUUGCAUGUCAUUGAGGAACAGAAUGACUGGGACACCGAGGUACAGUCUGAAAGAAUUAAUGUUUCACUGACACCAGAGGAAAAACAUGAAGUUGUAGACACCGCAGAUGUCAUUGUAAAAGAAGAGACAAACAAGACCCCAUCAGAUGAAAAAGCACAUUCCAUAGAAGCUGAACCUAAACCGACACCACCAGUCAGACGAAGAAACGAAAAUAAGUUUGAUGUCCAAUCAAACAAGGUGAAUAUCUCAACAACAUCAGAGAAGAAACCUGAAUGUACAGAGGUUAUCACUGUCAUUGUGGAAGAUGAGAUAAAGAUGACUCCAUCAGAUGAUAAAGCACAAUCCCUAGAAGCGGAAACUAUACUGACACCACCAGUCAGGCAACAAAAUGAGGGUGAAACCGAUGUCCAAUCAAACCAGGUAAAACUGUCAACAACAUCAGAGAAGAAACCUGGGGAUACCAUGCAUGUCUCUGAGGAGGCAUUGGUUGAUAAAAUGCAGUCCAUAGAAGCUGAGCCUAAACCAACGCCACCAGUCAGAAGACGAAAUGAGGGUGAAACUGAGGUUCAGUUAGAUAAGGUGGAUGUCAUACCAGCACCUCCCAACAGACGACGUAAAGGUGAAAGGUUAUCGUUAGAUACUGAAUCACAGAUAGAGGGAGAAGUUCUUCCCACCCCACCAAGCAGAAGACAUAGAGAGAAAAUAGGAAUUGAGAGGUAUUCACCUGAUUUAGAGUCCCAACCCACACCACCAGCAAGACGACAUAAAGAUAAAGAAGAUAGAAGAUUAUCACUCGAUCUGGAGACCCAACCCACGCCACCAGCAAGACGAGGUAAAGAAAAAGAAGGUAGUAAACUAUCACUCAAUCUGGAGACCGAACCCACACCACCAGUGAGACGACAUAAAGAAAAAGAAGGUAGUAAAUUAUCACUCAAUCUAGAGACCGAACCCACACCACCAGUGAGACGACGUAAAGAAAAAGAAGAAAAUAGAUUAUCGUUCAAUCUAGAGACUGAACCCACACCACCAGCAAGACGACGUAAAGAAAAAGAAGGUAGUAAAUUAUCGUUCAAUCUGGAGACUGAAACUACACCACCAGCAAGACGGUGUAAAGAAAAAGAAGAAAGUACAUUAUCACUUGAUCUAGAGACCCAACCCACACCACCAGCAAGACGACGUAAAGAAAAAGAAGAUAGUCAAUUAUUGCUUGAUCUGGAGACCCAACCAACACCACCAGCAAGACAACGUAAAGAAAAAGGUGAAGAUAAAGGAUUAUCAAUUGAUCCGGAUCCUCAACCAACUCCACCAUCAAGAAGACACAAGGAUAAGCCAGAGAGUGACAUGUUAUUUUACAGUGCUGAAUUAGGAAAAAGUGAUAAUCAGCAAACCAGUGAACAUAAAGACAGGGAAGAGCACACUGUUAAACCAACUCCACCUGUCAGACGCAAAAUUAGUCAGGUUGAAAGUGAUGUGGCAGUUUGCAAAAACCAAGAAGAGAAAGAGACCUUUGUGAAACCCACACCACCAACAAGAAGGAAAGAUAGCAAAGUUGAGAGCGAAAUUGUCGCAGGUACUUCUAACCUGAAAGAAGAUACGAGCAUACAUAAACCAACUCCACCUCUGAGGCGAAAAGACAGCCAAGCAGAAACUGAGAUGGCUCGAACCACACCUAAAAGUCAACCUAAGGAAGUCCUUCCAACUCCACUUACCAGGCGAAAGAAAGAUCAAAUAGAAGCUGACAGAGUUCCAUUAAUGCCAGAAGAGCCACAGGUCAUAUCAACUCCAACAACCAGCGACAAAGGAAGUUCAUGGAAUGAAAAGGUUUCUAUGUGUGCAAGACUGGAAUUGGAAGCAGAUGUUGAAGCAAUAACUAAACAGGAAGAUAAAGAUGAGUCUGAUACAAAGUCAUUGGUUGGUCAGGAGCAGCAAGAGGAGGGGCAGGACUCUACUUUGGUCCCAGAACCCAUAAGUGCAAUCAGUCAGACAGAGAGCGUCAGUGAGAUGCAGCCACAAGAUCAAGAUGUGGAUGUUUCUCCCCAAGUUGGUCUUGUGGCUGAAAUCACUGAGAGUCAAGCAGAGGAAGAUAGGGAGCCAGAGGGACCCACAAUGAAGGAUAUAUUUAUGGAGAUCAAAAAAAUGACUGAAAAGGGACCAAAAAGUGUACUCAUGGAGGGUAUACCUCAUGAAAGUACAAAGAAACUUCUUGACACUUCCAGCACUGAUCUUGAAGCUCGGUUAAAAAGGCUAGUGUUCCAUUUACUGGACCUUCGAACUUGCCCAGCUGCUCUGAACUCCAAAGACAUGGCCAAACAACUAGAAGAGGCUGAGGAAUGUAGAAGGUGUGCCCAGAGACAGGUAUCUAUGCUGUCUAGGCAAGACCAGGCUAAUGGAGACAUUGGCAGUGGCACUAAUGGCACAGUUCAUGACCCUGAGGGUAUGCAACAGCUGAGUGCCCAGUGGAGUGCAGCUUUGUGGGAUGCAGCAAGCUCUGUUCACUCCAAAGAAGCUCAACUACAGAUGGUUGCAGAUUUCAACAGACAGGCCCAGAAAGUCAAAGCUAUUCUGGAGAGACUCAAAAUUGAGCAUGCGGCACUGAGAUUCUCUCCAGCUGUGAGCGGUUUUGCUGAGGAGGAAAGGCUGCGCUCUUUCUUGAGAAAUAUGGAGCAGGAAAGGACAGCUCUCGGUGAGUUAAUUCAGACUCAUGCAAAACUGUCCCCCCACCUCAGUGUGCCUGAGAGACAAGCAGCGGAAAUACAGCAAAACAAUUUGCGAAGCCAGUGGAGUGUGCUUGAGAAGGAUGCAGAGAUUGCUCUUUACAUGGUUAAUGCUCAUGCUAAAGAAAUCAGCAGCCUUAUUCAAGAGGUCAGUGCCUUAAAAGACCAUCUCGAGAACAUUCAGAAGACCUUGGAUGCAUCGAAAUCCUCAUCAGUUUUAUGGGAUGGCAAGAGAGCUCAAGAAAUUAUGAAUUUAAAUGCUGAUCUCAUUUCCACCCAUCAGCAGUACCUCUACCUUCAGCAGACCUCUGAGGCACUUUCCCAGGAAUUCCAAUUCAAUGCAGAGAUAUUCAGCAUAGAGCAGGAUCUUCAGUAUAUAAAAGAUCAGCUGAAUCAAAUGGGUGAACAGUUAGCAGCUUCAACCCCUAGCAGCAGCAACUCAACGUUAAGUAAAAUUGUUAAGGUGAUGACAGAUGCUCUGGCUUGGGCCAAGCAGACAGAAUGUGAUGUCAAAGGACGACAGAAAAAUGUGUCUUUGCUUCCAGAAGAAGUCCAUCGACAGAUUAAAGAUUUAAAGAAAUUGCAGUCUGAGAUGAACUCGAAGCAAAUCCAGUUGAAGUCUUUGGUUGAGGAAGUCACUGAGCUGAUUUGUGAUCUAGAUGAAGCUGAUGUUUCGAUGGUGACCUCAUCCUUGAAGGUCCUAGAGAAUUUGUCCAAAUCAACAGCAGGAAAACUGGCUGAGGCAGUUCGCGAGAUGGAGUCAGGACUUCAGACCCGGGAGAAGAUGUCAGAGCAGAUAGCAGAUGUUGAUUCCUGGGUGGUUGGUCAUCUGCAGAGGGAAGCUUUGAGGAGAGAAGAUUAUCAAAGUUUGAGUGUGGCAGACCUGGAUCGCAGGUUGAGGCAGAUCCAGGACACUCUUGGAGAGGCAGAAAAGCAGUCCGCUGUCACUGAAGCCCUUCUGAUGAAAAGCAGAGACAUUGCAUCCGAGCUAAGUGUCACAGAGAGUACUAAGCUCUAUGAGAAACUCACCAACCUUCAAGAGGACAUCAGAAGUAUUAUUAUCUAUGAGAAGGCAUGUUGCCAGAAAGUUAUGGAUGUUAUACAGAGCCAAGAAUCCUCUCAGAGGAAGGUGUCAUCUCUCGAGAACAGCCUGAGACAAAUGUUAGUUGAUGUAAAAAGACACAGGUUUCCUGUUACCAAGGAUACCCUCUCUGUCAUUGAACCCUUCAAACAGAUGCUUGUGGAGCGCAAAUCUCAGGUUGAGCAAGUCAGUCCUUGUUCAGAGGACAAGAGAAGAGAGAUGUUAUGUGUUAUUACUGAAUUGUACCACAAAAUGAUUGAUUUGGAUCUCAAAUCACAAGCUCAUGAAAGGUACUUGAGCCUCAGUCGGUGCACUGAAGAUGUCAAGCAAGAAAUGGAGGCUCAGAUCCCAAGGACCAAAGAUGAGAGCAUCAACAAAGAGGAACGCUACAGAGCCUGUCAGGCCCUUCUGAUCCAGAUCUCUUUAGUAAAGCUCUUGUGUGAGGAAACAAUGGAUGAACUGCAGGAAAUCAUAGAAGAUCUUUAUCCAUCUCAGCUCUCUGCUGAACAAACAAGACUCAAACAAAUACUGGAAAGUCUCAAAACCUCAGAAAUGGCAGUGAACAAUAAUCUUCAGAUAUUGGAAUGGGAUCUGCUAAAACAUAUUUAUUAUCCAUCAGAAAAAAGAGCACUUCAGCAAUUCCUCAAAGACACCAAUGAGGAGCUGGAAAAGCCUUGUAGUAUUGAACCAAAAGAGGCAGUGAUUGAAAAACAACUAAGAAAGUGCCUUGUACUCAGAAAGAAUGUAGAAUCUAGAAUGCGAGUGCUUCAGUUUCUUGAAAAAAAGAUUGGCGCUCAACCUCCACAGGACUCCAAACAGCUUACUUGCUUGAAGGAUAUGGUUUUGGAAAAGUGUGAUCAACGAAUGGUGAGCCUAACUAAAGCUAAAGAACUGCUGAGGAACUACACCAAAGCAGUGACCGAUACCAUUCGGUUCCUCCAAAGAGCCACAUUGGCCUUCCUUCCCUCAAUCUGCUCUGCUAGAAGCUGUUCAGAAAGACUAAUAGAUGCACAACAUGCUUUACUGACUCUAGACACAGAGUUCCAGUCACAUGUUUCACAGCUUCAAGCUCAAACAUUACAAGAUCCCUGCUUCAAGCCACAGAAGAUUGAAUUUCUACACACAGAAGUUCUAGGCGAGCUCCUGGUCAGGCUAUCGACCCUUAAGGCCCAGGCUCAAAUUAAUGUAGAAUCUUUGAAUAGGUGUGUUGAGUGGCAGAAACAUUCUCGUAAGUGCUACAAGGAGCUUUGCCAGCAAGUGAGAGACUUAGAAACAUUGCUAUCACAGUGUGCUUCCAAAAAAAUUACUUCACACAAAGACUGCAAAGACCAGCAACAGAAACUCAAGGCUCUAGUGGAAGAGGUUGCCAUGCUUCCUGGAAAACUGGAGAAUCUGAGAGAGUGGUGUUCACUGUAUGGGUGCAGAGCCAACAGGGAGGAUGCCAUGAGCGCUAUCUGGGGUCAGGUGGCAAGACUGCAGCGCUGUGGCAGUGAUCUGCAGACACGCUCAGAGCAAAUGGAAGCAGAGUGGAGCAGUGUCACAAGGAGUGUGGAGCAGGCAGCCACUGUAUUGGAGCAGGUGGAUGCGGAACUUUCAGAUAGCAGCAGAGAGAAUCUGACUGGUGACGAGCUACAGGAACUACUGCUCUUCUGGUCCCAGUACCAGGACAGACUGGACUGUGAACACAGAGCUCUCUCUGCUUUGGAAUUAAGAGCUGCAAGGGUGCUUGGUGUUCCCCCCCACCUGGAACAGGCCCCAUCCUUUGAGCUGUGCCAAGAGCUUCAAGCCUUGCAAGAGCGUUACCAUAGUCUAAAGGAACGGAGCUCUCAGGGUUUGAGGGCAGUAAGAACAGAGGUGGAGGAGAGGGAACGAGUGCAGGAGCAGCUGGAGGGAGUCAGAGAAUGGCUGGAAUCUGCAGUCUCUCUCCUCGCUGUACUGGAGCACGAGCCCAGCAAGAAGCAACUACAGGAGGUUCACUCACAGCUGUGUACCCAGAAGGCCGUUCUGCAGCGUAUUUCGGAAAGCUUGAAGAUGAUGUACUCUGAAAAAAAUACAUCAAUUCCAGAGGAGAUAGAGGGACUAUUACAGGAAGUCUCACAGUCAUUACAGAAAGUGGAGGAACAGGUGAAGACCGCUGUGGAGGAAAGUGGCCCACUUCACAGGCUGGGUGCUAAAAUCUCGGAGAUUAAAGCAGGUCUGGGAUCAGUUCAGAGCUGGUUAGAGCAGAAGAGCCUGAACUUCACUGAAGCUGAGAGCACACAGAAGCGAGUGUGGGAUGAGUUGGAUGGUUUACAUACUCGUCUGACAGCGGUCGAGGUGGAGUUACAGGAUGUGAGUGAAAUGCAUCCAGAUGAGACCUGUCUGUUAUUUGACAACCUGGCCAACACUCAGCAGACCCACACAUGCCUCACCAAACAGGCCGAACAGAGGACCACCUUCCUCAGCAAGGUCCGUGACUGGAUGCAGGAGCAGGAGGAGAUGGUGAAGGGGUCACAGAGCUGGAUCUCAGAGGCUCAGUCUUGGCUUACAACACCCUGCACAUACACCACUGCCAGAUGCCUAGACAGUCAUGUGAAUGCACUGCAGAUGGUUCUGGAUGAUUCUGCUCAGAUGAGACGGACUCUGCAGGGUUUCGGCAGUGUGCUGACAGAGAUGGGAAGUGUGUUUGAUGUCAGUCCAUUAGAGGAGCAGCUCUCAAAUGCUGAUCGACGUGUGGCAGACAUGCAGCACAACCUGCUGGGGCCUCUCUCUCAGCUGGAGCAUGCAGCAGCAGAAGUGGAUGCCAUUGAGUCAGAGGUGAAAGUCAUGGAGAAAGAUGUGGCCAAAAUCAAAUCUACUCUGACCACCAAAGAAGACAUCAGUCAGGACAGUCUUAAGGCAACAGAAGAAAGGACUGACCUGAUGAAAAGGACAGUCACUGAGAUUCAGAACUGCAAAGAUGGUCUGUGUCUUCCUGACAAAGCUGAAAACACACUCCUAGUGUUCAAAAAAGUAGAACUACUACAGAAACAACUGCUGGAACUUGAACAGCUGGCACUAGAAUACUCGAUUGAGGUACAGGAGACAUCUGUCCCACCUUUCUGUGUCACACCCCUCAAUGCGCCGCCCCUCACUGCCCCAACCCUCAGUGUUCCACCCACAAUCACUGAGGAAGACACACAGGAGAGUGGUCAGAUUCAGAUUGUGCACGUAGAGGAGGACAUCCUGAAAAAGUCAGGAGCAACGCUGAUGACGGUGGAGCAAUCCACACUGGAGCAGAGACUCACCUGGAUCUCUGAUAGAAGCAGCCACACCCUCAAAGAAACACAGCAGGAGUCUGAGGAAGAGCAGGAGCUCUGUGAAGAUCCAGGAGAUGGAGAGGAAGAUGCUUCUGAUGAAGACUAUGAAGAUUGCAUAAAAAAUGAGGAUGGGGAGGCAAGAGGAAGAUCACCAACCUCUCUGAAUUCUGAGGCUUCCUUCAGCAUGACUGUGGAGGACACAGUUUCUGCAGACGUGGUUUCUUCUACAGAACAGAUUUUGGAGCAAGCAGAAGCAGCAGACUCAAAGGUAGAAGUAGAUACCUCUGUGGCCUCAGGAACAGGUGUGUCAGAAGCUUUAUCUGAAGCAGAUGCCACAGUGGAAAGCCAGUCUCUCCCUGCAGACAUGGAGCAGGGUGCAUGGAGGGGGGAACAGACGCCACACACCAAUUACAAACUCACACUGACACACAUGACACAGAAACAUUCAGAGUCACAAGCCCCACCCACUGAAACAAAAGGCAUGUUCACCUUACCUAAUGUCAUGACCUCUGAUGAAGGGCUGGGUGAUUCCUUAGAAAAACUUAAGGUAGUUUCAGAAAUACAUUCCACACUCAGUCAACAGACUCACUUAGAGAAAACCACCUUUGUGCCUCAGAGCCUGAGCUCCACAAAACCCACAAAUACACCAUCAGCCAAAUCACCAGAGCAACAUUUACACACUCUGACACACACUCCAUCAAAUGCAGAAGACCAUAGGUUAGACAGCAGAAGCACACACGACACACACACACAAAUUACAGUCAAGCCCUGCCUGGAGAGGACAGAGCCACUGGCUGCAAGUGCAUCUUUGGCCGCAGGUGAAGCCGGGGGCUCGGGUGGAUGGUUGUCCGGUGACGGGCUGCUCCAUGCCUGCCGUGAGAGGGCCAAGCAGCUGGAGGUGUGUCUGGAGAGAGCACAGGUCAGUCUGGAGGGGUCGAGACAGCAAGCACAGGACGCAGCCAUGCAGCACUGCAUUGAACAACAACUUCACAACUGCCAGACAAUUCUUGUGGAGAUUGAACAGAGAAUCUCCAGUCUUCCUGUGUGUGGAUUGAAAGAACAGGAGCAACAUGAGGCUGAAUCGCUCAACACCAAACUCCAGCUGCUGAAGAACAGACUGGUGACAGUCCAAUUACAGCUGCAAGAGAGACACGGCGAAGAUCAGGUGCAUGUUGAGAGUCAGCGCCCCCUGCAGGCCAGGUUGACACGCAGCAGCAGUGUGCAGGAGUUGUUGAGUUCUUCCAAAACCAAACUGUUCAGACAAAGCAGCCUUCAACAACAAAGGGAACUGGAGCAUGGAUUGAAUGAACAGAAGGAUCUAACUAAAGCUAUUGCAAUGCAAGGCAGCAGAGCCCAAACACAGAGCCAGAGCACAGAUGAACAUGCAGGCCCCUCACCAGCAAAUGAAGACAAAAGACAGGAAGUAGAGUUAGCAGCAGUCCACAGGAAGUGGACACACCUCUGCAGCAGAUUGACCAAGACAGCAGAGACAGAGCCAGGUGGAGAUAAAGAUCAGGAUCCAUCUGAGAUCCUCGCUCCAUCUGUGUGUUUGUGGAGUGGAGCUACUGUUUCUUUCUGUCUCCAGGAGAUUCAAUCCAACAUCUCACAACUCAAAGAACUGCAAAACUCAGCAGUUACAAAGGAUCAUCAAUCUCUGGAUGAAGGUCUAUUUGAGGUGUUGAGUGGAAUGGAUCUCACUCUCAACUCUCUCACACACACUCUUAUGUUUCAGCCAGCAACCUUAAACACUGACAUAUUAAACCAAUUAGAGCAGCUACAGGGUUUAUCUGCAGAGCUGAUCUCCUUGGGUGCCAUAUUGACCUCCCAGGGGUCAGAGGUCAUAAAGUUGUUAGGUUUGGGUUCAGCGAUAUCAGAGACCUCCACUUGUUUUGACCUGCUGAGGCAGUGGGUAUGUGACGUUCAAAAGACUCUCGCUGAUAAACAGGAGCAGCUACAGGAACGAUUAAAACACACGACUCAGCUGCAGAAGAGAGUGAAAGACCUGCAUGACUCAGUACUAACUAAUACGUCAAUCCUUUACCCUACAACUAAUGGAGAAACCCACUAUGACCUUCACACACAGCUGCAGGCCAUCACUGGAUGGAAACGGGAAGUGGAGCAGAGUGAGAGAAAGUUGGCAGAACUUAAAGAAGAUACAGAGAGUCGAGAUCAGCCCUCGUCCCUCACACAGCAGAUCAGCACACUGGAGGCGGUAUUGGAGAGUGUUUGGAGUGAUCUAGAGCAGCGCUGUGGAGUUGUGCAGUGGAGUCUAGAUGAGCAGAAGAUGAGUGAAAAAAUCCUGAAGGGUCUGCAGAUGCUUCUGACGAUUGGAGGAGAGAAACUCACCUGCACCUCUCAGCUGGAGCUCAGGAAUCCAGCACAAAUACAGACACACCUCAACACACACACGGCGUUUUUCCUGUCUCUGGGUGCCCACCUGAGGAGACUGCAGCAACUGAGUGUGCGGAUGCCAGACAGCGCCUCCUCUGGCUGGGAGACUGAAGUGUCUGAGGUUGAACGUCAAGUGUCCAGUGUCCUGCAGCAGGCUCAGGCUCUCGGCACAGUGCUGCACUCAGGGCUGCAGGUUUGCACUCACUGGGAUGAAAAUCAGUCCUGGUUAGAUACGCUUCUGCAAAGGUUAGAGACUCAACUUCCCAUAACACCUCUGCAGGACCAAACUGAGGAGCAGCUCAGCGAGAAUAUUUCUGUCUAUCAGAGUGUGCUGGCGGUUCUGGAGAAGAACAGAGCUCGGAUCAGUCUGGUUCUGGAUGAGGGCCGCAGACAGCAGGAGCAGAUUUCUAGUAGUGAUGUGGGUGUGCCUAUAUGCAUAGUGGGUGUGUCUACAGCAAAACUGGAACAGAGAUUGGCUGCACUUCAGAGGAGGGUGGAGCAAGGACUACCCCCCACCCACCAUCUUAAGAAGCUUUGGAAAAGGUACCAAAACGAUUCAGAGGCUCUGAAUGAGUGGAUGCGACAAGCCAGAGAGCGCCUUCAUACAUGGAGAGAUCACAUGACCACAGCUGAACAGGAAGCGGACACCCUCUCCCAUUUUCAGCACUUCACAGAGUUCAUGAAGGAGCUAGAGGUGAAAUCGGCUCUAAAGGCAUCAGUGAUCAGUUCUGGAUCUUUGAUCCUGUUGCUCAAUGAAAGAGAGCAGAACAUUGAGACACAGAAGAUCAGCAGAACCACCAGUGCUCCAAGAACCUCCACUCCCUCUGGAAAUACAACAACCUCUGAAGACCUACAGCCAAGUGAAACUAGCAACCAGACCUCCAUUGUCCUAGAUAACAACCCUGAAGACUCCUCAUCUGUAGAUGUCACCUUACCUUCAGAAACCAAUUUUUCCUCUAUUCAAAACAUCCUCUCAGAAGAAAAUCUUUCUACCACGGAAGAAUCAGAUGGAAAGAUCACAAAUGAAGGUGUUUUCUUUGAGGAACCAACCUCAUCUGUAUUCGAUUUAUCUGUAAAACAAGAGAUGGUUCUGUCCCCAGUUCUUCUUACUCUACAGUCCCAGCUGUCUCAGGUGGAGCAAGACUGGGUGGAAAUACAGAAACAUAUUCCUGUCGUCCAACAGGAAUUGCAUCAGAGUGUGGUGGAGAGGCUAUCUCCUGAAGGACUGCUGGCUGAUGUGUGUGGCUGGAUUACGGGUGCUGAGAGCAGGUUACAGGCGGCUGAACGAGAGGGUCACAACACCUGUACUGCUGCAGAGUUCACACACCUGCUCAGAACAUAUCAGGGGAUGAAGAGAGAGAUGGCAUGUCAGCAGAUGUCUGUUGACUUUAUUAAUCAGUGUGAGCUGAAGCAGGUUGGUUUUGACUCUCAAACUAGCAGGUACAAACACACUGCAUUUGCUGAAAACCUGGGACACGUCAAUCUGCGCUGGAAAACUCUACAGGCUCACCUGAACACACUGAUCCAACAUGCUGAAGAUGAGGUGAAGAUGUGUGCAGAGCGAGAUAACAAACUACAAAUCCUACAGUGCUGGGUCAAAGGUCAAAAACAAUGGAUGCGAUUGGCUGAAAGACCCAUCAGUCGCUCAUUUGCUGAGAGGAGCCUGAAGGAUUGUGAAGAGCUGGGGGAAAAGUUGAAGUCUAAAUUCUCAGAACUUGCUGAGUUGAGGAAGAGGAGACUUACCACUGAUGAAGAAGACAGGGAUAAAGACUUCCUCUCAAAAGCUCACAAUCUUUCACAAUCUUUGACUGACCUCUCUCAACAGAGUACAGUCCUUGGGGAUACCUUGGAAGAGCUGUGUAAGGUGUGGUCUCAGUUUGAAAGUGGGAGGAGUCAGGCAGUUUUAAACACAAUGAGGCUCUGCCAAUCACUAGAGUACUGCCACGCCCCUCUGCCCUCCCUCUCUUCCCUCCAGAACAACAUUGAUAAGAUACAGGUCUUAAAAGCAGAGACAAAGGAAAUUGACAGCCAGUGGGAGGUUCUUACCAAGACAACAAAAAUUCUUAUUGGUGGAAUUAGCCCAGACUCUGCCCAGGUGUUAUCGGAGCACCUAGAAAAAGAAAAAGCAAGGUGGUCAGAGGUGAAGGAAAAGGUCACCCACACCUUGCAGAGGUCACACCGUCUUCUGAAAGUGUGGCAGAGAUACUCUGAUGUGAGACGCUCCUGCUCAGAGCAGCUUCAACAUCUCAAAGAGCAGCUCAACACACACACCAAAACACCCGCUGACAAUAAACAACUCACACACAGCAUCGCAGAGCUGAAGACUGUAUUACAGAAAUGCUCAGAGACUCAACAGACUGAUUUGAAUGAAGUGCUUGAAGUAUCUAAGGAUCUGAUUGAACAGAUGGAUGAUGAGGAAGCUGUUUUCAUCAGAUCAGAAUGCCGUUUGUUAACACAUGGUUACCUGCAGUUAGAACAGACUCUGAAAGGAAGAAUUGAACACAUGCAGGAGGAUCUUGAGCAAUUUCAAGAAUUUGAAAGGUUAUUCCAGUCCCUCGAAACACAAUUACAGCAGUGGGAAAGCAAGCAACGGAUAGACAGCAAACUCACAGAUAUAUCUCAGUCAGGUCUGAUGGAGGUCAGUUCUCUCUCUCCUGAUCUGGAUCUGAUAAACACACUCAGCUACAGGCUGACCCUCAGUGACCCUGUCACACAGAGGCUUCAGCACCUCAACAGGAAGUGGGCACAGGCCUCCGCACAUGCUCAGGAGAAAUGCAGUGAGUUGCAGGCAGCCUCUCUCCAGCAGCAGAGCUUUGAGCAGAGAUGUGAGAGCUGGCUGGCUUUCCUACAGCGCAUGGAGGACAGUUUGGCUGUAGAAAUCGCAUCAACUUACCCUGGACUGAGAGAACAACAACGAACGCACCAGUGUUUUCAGGCUGAGUUGUCUUUAGGCCAUCAGAUCCUUCACUCUGUGAUCAGUGAAUCUCUCCUCCUGUUGCAGAAGGGAGAUGUGGAGGACAGGGGUGACUUCCUGUUAAAACUGGCACAGCUGAGAGAGCACUGGCAGGGGGCGGUGCAGAGAGCAGCUCAACGGCGUGCUCUAGUGGAAGGGCUCAUACAGCACUGGCAGCUUUAUACACACACAAUGCAGAAACUCCGCAAACUCCUCACACUCACACACACACUCUUGUCGCCUGCUGGUCCCACACACUGUAGUGUCCUGCAGUUGCACCUCUUGCUGGAAGAUCUGAAGCGAACAGAGCUGUUGUUUCAAAGGUCAGUCUCUGCGUAUCUGUGUGUGAUGGAGGUAGGCAGGCAGCUAUUCUCAGUGAGUGACACACAGACGCAGAUGCAGCUGCAGACAGACCUGGCAGCCCUGCAGGAGGACUGGGAGCAAUGCCAGUGCAUGCUGGGAAAGAGAAAGACUCUCACAUCUGACAUCGUAAAAAAAUGGGAGACCUGUGAGACCAGACUAGCUGAUCAGGUGCAGAGCCUGGAUGAGGUACGAGCCAAACUGAAGCAGUCGAUCCCAGAUCAGCAGGAGGAGAUGGAAGAGGAACGCCUCCUUGUGAAGGAGGUUCAGGAUUGUUUAAAGGAUUGGGCCGUCAGUCUUUCCGAGCUCAGCACCAUGAAGACGGACCUGUCCCAGUACAUCCUCACCGAUGACGUCCUCCUCCUGCAGGAGCAAGUGGACCAUCUGCACUGCCAGUGGGAAGAGCUCUGCCUCAAAGUGUCACUUCGUAAGCAGGAGAUUGCUGAUCGACUGAAUGCCUGGAUCAUUUUCAAUGAGAAGAAUCGGGAGCUGUGUGAAUGGCUGACACAGAUGGAAAACAAGGUGGCACACAGUGCUGAGCUGAGCAUUGAGGAAAUGGUGGAGAAACUCAAGAAGGAUUGUAUGGAGGAGAUCAACCUCUUUAGUGAGAAUAAGACACAUCUGAAACAGCUGGGAGAACAACUCAUCACUGCUAGCAACAAGACCAAAGAAACAGAAAUCAAUGACAAGAUCAAGGACAUCAACGAACGCUGGCAGCAUCUGUUUGAUCACAUCGAGGACAGGGUGAGGAAGCUGAAGGAGACGCUGGUGACAGUGCAGCAGCUGGAUAAGAACAUGAGUAAUCUCCGUACCUGGCUUUCCCGCGUUGAGGGUGAACUGGCCAAACCCAUCAUUUACAGCGUCUGCCACAGUGAUGAGAUACAGCGCAAACUAGCAGAGCAUCAGGACUUGCAGAGAGACAUCGAACAGCAUACAGAGGGUGUAGCGUCUGUUUUGACCCUGUGUGACGUUUUGCUGCAUGAUGCGGACGCUUGUGGCAGUGAUGGAGAGAACGACUCCAUUCAGCAGACUACGCUCAGCCUGGACCGCCGCUGGAGGAACAUAUGUGCCAUGUCUAUGGAGAGGAGAAUGAGGAUCGAGGAGACAUGGCGUCUGUGGUGCAAGUUCCUGGAUGACUACUCGCGCUUUGAAGAGUGGCUGAACACGGCAGAACGUACAGCGGCCAACCCUGCCACCAAAGAUGUACUCUACACCUGUGCUAAAGAGGAACUCAAAAAGUUUGAGGCGUUCCAGCGCCAGGUCCAUGAGCGCCUGACACAGCUGGAGCUGGUGAACAAACAAUACCGACGUCUGGCACGAGAGAACCGGACAGAUGGUGCCAGUAAGCUGAAGUUGAUGGUGCACGAGGGAAACCAGCGCUGGGAUACGUUACAGAAGAGAGUGGCCACUGUGCUCCGCAGGUUAAAGCACUUCACGUCUCAACGUGAAGACUUUGAAGGAACACGGGAGGGGAUUCUGGUCUGGCUGACUGAAAUGGACCUUCAGCUCACCAAUGUUGAGCAUUUUUCGGAGAGCGAUAUCCAUGAAAAGAUGCGUCAACUAAAUGCAUUUCAGCAGGAGAUCACUCUAAACACAAAUAAGAUCGAUGCUCUGAUUGUAUUUGGAGAGAACCUGAUCCAGAAGAGUGCUCCGCUGGACGCCGUACUCAUUGAAGAUGAACUAGAGGAGCUGCACUCAUACUGCCAGGAAGUAUUUGGCAGAGUCGCCCGAUUCCACCACCGUCUUAUCAGCAGACGCCCAGUGCUUGAGGAGGACCGAGAGUUCUCAGACAGAGACACAGAUCCGGAGGACUCGGCUGAUUUCAGUGGGGUGUGGGAGAGGGAGGAGGACGAGGAGGCUGCGAUGAGUUCUGAUGUUUCUCUAACAGUACGCCAGGCUGUGUACCAGCUGAUACCACCUGCUCUAGAGCGCUCAGGGCGUGACACCCCCGUCAGUGUGGAUUCAAUCCCACUGGAGUGGGACCACACCGUAGAUGUGGGUGGAUCUUCAUCUCCAGAGGAUGAUGAGGAGUUGACGUUCUACAGCGCCCUAUCAGAUGUAGAAGUCACUGAGAGCUCUCAGUCAUUUAUUAAAGCUACAUCUAAAGCUCUGAAGGCUGUGUCCGGGGGAAGGUCAGUGGUGGAGCCGUGGCACUCUCCUGAUGCGCCAGACAGGAAGCGAGCGAACAGAGAAAUCAUACGCAGUCUCACAUCUUCACCCACUGACACCAGCGCUCAGUACCACCCACAGGCCUAUGAUAAACUCAUGUCUGAGUGUGCUGGCAGUAUAGACAGUAUAAAGCGAGUGAAACUGAUUCUGAGCGAGGAAGAACAACUGGACGAUCAUGGUUUGACGGCACUCUCUGCAGCUGAUAAGACAGGUGUGAUCGAACGAUGGGAGCUCCUGCAGGUGCAGUCGUGCAGCAUGCCGCAGGAUCUUCAGCAGUGGCACAAACUCAACUCUGACCUAACUGAUGUCAUGGCAUGGUUGGACACUGUGAUGCCUGAGCUAGAGAAGCUUCAAACUCUAGAGCCAAAAAUCACCAUCAGAGACAUGGAGAGCAAUAUCCACAAACUAAAGGACAUGCAGAGGAUUUUUAACGGCUACAAAUCAGUGAUGAUUGGUGUUAAUCUCAGUGGGCGGGGCUUCCAGCACGGAGACAGCGCCGAACUAUGCGAACUGCGUGAGAAUCUGCAGGCAGCCAAUCAGAAAUGGACACAGGCCUGUGUGGCCCUAGACAGCUGGGAACACCGACUGCAUCAAGCACUCAUGGAGUGCCAGGAGUUUCACGAGACUCUUCACUCUCUGCUGCUGUGGUUAGCUAAAGCAGAAAGCCAGCGCUACAUGGUCAACAUCCAUGACCAAAACACAGACCUCAACAUCCUGCAAGAGCAUCGAGACACGCUCAAGGCUGUUCAGCAGGACUUACAGUCUCGUGAGAGGGAGGUGCACUGCCUGCAGGAGAUCUCCUCACAGAUCCUGCUACAGCACCAGGGAGAAGACACUCUGGAGGCCAAAGAGAAGGUUCACGUCAUCAGCAACAAGUUACGACUGCUGAUCAGACAGAUUGCACACGAUCUGCACACGCUGCAAAGCAGACUGGACUCAGCUGAUCCAAAUGUGGGCAGGACAGCAUCAACACAACAGCAGGAAGCCGCAGGAGUUCAGGCUGUUACACGGGGAUCUCCUGCGAGUGUCAGGGCUGACAAGUCUGAUUCGUCCCCAGCGAGGCCGUUCCUGUAUCGUGUCCUACGUGCGGCUUUUCCCCUCCACAUCUUCUUCCUGCUGCUGCUGGUUGUGGCGUGUCUGGUGCCUCUCUCAGAGGACGACUACAGCUGCACUCUCUCCAACAACUUUGCCCGAUCCUUUUACCCCAUGCUCCUCUACACCAAUGGACCCCCACCCACAUGAGAACAACUACACGUACCCUUCACUAACACACAGCCACAGCUCAUUCAGUAGAGGAAAUGGGGGCGUAGUCCAAGCCUCCCGGUUUACUCUCCUGUAGCAGAUCCUGUAGCUCUGAUUAAUCUGAGUGAAAGCCCUUGUGUUUGGGAUUCAGUAGAUUGUCCUGCAACAAUCAAAUCUUGUUCCUGGAUCCGAGGACUGUUGCACAUGGAGAGAGAUUUUUUCUGAAGCAGUCUGAAACUUUCCUCAUGAUGUAUAUUUGUAUUUUUAGAGAACAGCAAGGACUCCUCAUCGAAGGUGCACUCAUUUUUUAAUUGUAUAGUAUGUAGCAGGACAUUCAUUGAAACAUUGAAAUACUCCUUCACACAAAUGUAUUUAUUUUUGACAUAUAAAUGACAAUUGAACCCUAUAGGCUUUGAGUCAGCCUGUAUUGUUUAACUAGAAGCCCUGUUUAUAUGUCUGAGUGAUUGGACUUACAUACAGUCUUGUUUCUAGGAGCCAGUGUAAAAUGACUUGCAAUGAUGAAUAUAUUUUAUUUGUAGCUCUCUUAGCUACCAUUUUCUUGGUCAAAGCCAUGGAGGAGAGACGCAAAGAGGCAUCAGGGUGUGUGCAAAUGUUAUGUUUAAUUUAUUCAGCCUAAAGUUUGGUGGCUGUGUUGUUUUCAUGUGUGUGUGUGUGAAUAUUGUAAAACUACUGAAAUUAUUUAAUUAUAAUUGGUAAAUGAUCUCAGUGGAGAUAUAAAUUAUAUCUGAUUAUGUUUUAUAGUUUAUAGCUAGAAUUUUUCAGGCAGGAAAAUCUGGUACCCAGAUGUGUUUGUGUCUGGUGUGUUUUGAGCUAAAUGGUUAAGGUGUCUCAUAGAAACACAUUUCAAAAGUAUCCACAUGACUGUAUCUGGCUUUUAUUUUAUUUUUAACCUACAGGAAGUCUGGAGAAAGGCCAUUAGUCACUCUUUCACUCAUACUAACUGCCAAAGUGUCAGAGACAGAGUUACUAAAAUAGUGCUGUUCGUCUUGUUGUUUGAUGUUUUUAAUUGAAUUGUUAUAGUAUAGAUUACAUUAUGGGUCAACUAAAAUAGACUAUGAUAUAAAGUAUCCAUUAAUCACAGAAAACAUUCACUUUAUUAUGAAUUUAUUUUGCAGCAAACCUUGCACUGCCAAUGUCAAACACUGGUUGAAGACAAUAUAAAGAUGUUUGUGUUUUUUUGAGUUUGAAGUCAAUUUUCCUACAAAUAAACAUCGUACAAAUAUGCACGUGUUCACUUAUUUAAUUCCCACAUAUUUAUUUAAUAUGCAGCUGAAUACAAUAAAAUGAAUUUAGUUUUGCUACCUGUAGAAACUUACUGUUGUGUCAGUGUAUCAUCAGUAUAUUUUUUCCUGUUUAAAGCUGGUGUAAUUUUUUUUUUUUUCAGUUUAACCAGA